AUGGCUUCAUUGGAAUCAUUUAAAGCACCUACAUUAGUAAGCAAAAAGAUUCAAAAAGAAAUUCAAAAGGACGACGAUGAGGAUGAUGUCUUGAUCGAUGCCAAUGCUGUACCUUCCUCAACAUCCGCUGAUGCCGACAUGGAAGAUGCUGAAGACAAACCCAACUUUGCACCUGCCAGUGCUGUGGAAGAAAAGAAAGUGACCAAAGGUUCUCGUAAGAUACCUAUCCCUCCUCAUCGUAUGUCACCUUUAAAAAGACACUGGUUGGAAAUCUAUUCUCCUCUUGUUGAACAUAUGAAACUCCAAGUCAGGAUGAAUGUUAAGACCAAAUCAGUCGAACUCAAAACUUCAGACUUGACCGAAGAUGAUGGAGCAUUACAAAAGGGAGCCGAUUUUGUCAAGGCCUUUGCUUUGGGUUUUGAAGUAGAAGAUGCCAUGGCACUGUUAAGAUUAGAUGAUAUCUAUUUGGAUACUUUUGAAAUCAAGGAUGUAAAGACAUUGCACGGUGAUCACUUAUCUCGUGCUAUUGGUCGUAUUGCAGGUAGAGACGGCAAAACCAAGUUUACGAUUGAAAACGCAAGCAAAACAAGAAUUGUCUUGGCUGAUACCAAAAUCCAUAUUCUUGGCUCAUUCCAAAAUAUCAAGAUUGCACGAGACGCUGUUGUGAGUCUUAUCUUGGGUAGUCCACCAGGCAAAGUGUACGCUACCCUUCGUACCAUCUCUGCUCGCAUGAAGGAACGCUUUUAG